AUGAAAAAGAAGCCGGAUCAGAAAAAACAACAAUCUGCUGGAGAAGAAUCUGAUGAAAAGAAGGUUAACAAAUCUGAUGAAGCAAGUUCUGAUAAAGAACAUGGAAAGAAAAACUUGGAUUUAGAGCAACGAUUGAGGCACAAGCUUAGCAUACCUAAGGUCUAUGACCUUAUGAAGUCAAUAGAUGGAAAAAGAAGAAAAGACCAGAUAAUUCAACUUUUGAAUGAGAGUGGGUUUGGAGGAAUGGUUCAUAUAUGCAAAUGGACAAAAAUCCACACAUUCUUUGUGGAAUGGGUUGUCAAACACUUUGAAAAGGAGAAUAUGUGGAUAAGACUGAGCAAGACGGAUGUGCUCCCAUUGAAAGAAGAAGAUGUGCACAGAGUGUAUCAUCUCCCAAUGGCGGGGGAGCAGAUCAACAUUAAACUUUGCUCAGAAGCAGCAAUAAAGAGACUUAGGGUAGAGUUAGGAUUGGAUGGUGAUUAUUCUCCAUUUGUCAAGGUGACAGAGUUAGAGAUAAGACUGAAGAAAAUGGAGAAACCAAAGGCAUGGGUAAAGGGUGCAAUUUGUCUUAUAAUUCACAACAUGUUGUGCCCCAAUAACAGCAACUUAGUUUCUCUACAUUAUGCUCAAGUAUUAGAAGAGGCUUCAUCUUAUAACUGGUGCUUCCAUGUUCUCCAAUAUAUGAAAGACGGAUUGCAAAAUCCGGAAGUGGCAAAUCCAUUAGCGGACUUCCACUUCCUAAUGGAUCAUGAUGAAGAAGAUGAUGCUAAUUAUGAUGAUACUAAUUAUUUUGCAGAUUAUUACAUGGAGAAAAUGGGGAAGAGAAGCCCAUUCCUUAUAGGAAAAUACAAGCAGCCAUCGCUUCGUGAUUGGGAUGGCAAGUCGGCAAACCAAGACCUUCAGAAGGUGCAUGAGCUUAUGGGACUGGAUAAAGGAUUGACAGUUGGGGUCAAAAGACUGCAGAGCACCGAUGAUGGUCUGCUUGUAAUGUGUUUUGAUGCAGAAACAUGUCCACUAUCUAAGGCAGAGGAGCAUCUAAAUUAUUAUAGGGGUUGCAUACGGGUCUACACUAGAACCGCAGAAACCUUGGAGAGGAGAAUAGCUGAGGCAAAUGCUUCUACUUCUGCAAAGAAUGACAUAGUUUCAGCAGAAACAAACACAUCAAAUGAACCUGAAACUGGGGAGAAUAAGACUUCAAGUACUGAAAAGUCUGCGAAAAAUGAUGCAGUUUCAGAAGAACCAAGCACAACCAAGGAAGCUGAAACUGAGGAGAAUAAGAGUUCAGGUACUCAGAAGGGGGUGGAAGUACCUGAAGCUGAAACGAAAGAUGAUGAAACUGAGGAGAAUAAGAGUUCAGGUACUCAGAAGGGGGUGGAAGUACCUGAAGCUGAAACUAAAGAUGAUGAUGCCAAAAGCAAUGAUGAAAAUGUCGAUGAUGAAGAAGUUGAGAUUGAUGCAAAGAUCAUUGAUGAUUCAGUUAAGGCAGCAUGCAAUAUGGGAAUGACAUUGACACAGGAAACUAUCUUGAAGUUUCCAGAGUUUUUUGAAGCUUCAAAUGCAGGUGCAACUCCACUAAGGUCAGUGAUGCCAGAUGAAAUAAUUAACUUGGACAAUGUGCAAACAGUCACGACAAAGAAAAGAAAGAAGCAUAAUAUGCUUUAUUCUGAUAGCACAUACCCUGAGCGUCGACGUGCAGUGAAGAAAUCGAAGUACCUUGACAGCCCGUAUGAUGACGCUGUCCACGAGUCUACUGCAACUGAGUUGCAGAAAAAUUUAUCAACAUAUGCAUGGAGCUCGAAGCUUGAUCAGGAUGAGCUUCUGUACUGCUCGAAUAACAGGGCUCAUGAUUAUUCUGUGGAAAGGAUAGACUUGUGGUCGCUUCAACAAGACGAAUGGGUGUCAUGCUUUGUGAUCAAUGUCUGGGUCAACUGCUUAAACUGGAAUCAACAAAGAGACAAGAUGACAAGACUGGUUACACCCAUGAUUAACUAUGUUGACCUUGAAAAACCUGGUGCCUUUGACAAAAAUAACCCAGCUGCAUUCACAAGAUUCAUCGAGAGACUAAGCAAGUUCAAGUACUUGGAUUGGAAAACUAUUGAUCCUAACAGUCUAGAAUACGAUGGGUUUGAAUAG